CACCGACACGAUUUAAAAAUUAGCUCUUUCCCCCGUAAUGCAUUAGAUGUGAAAAAUGAUCAUUCCUAGAAGAAGCCGACACAGAGCAGCCAGCAUCCCGGCAACAAGUACGCUGAAAUAAAGAAUAAGAAAACGUAUAUAAAUCUACUUCAUCAUUAACUCAGUUAGUUGAGCUGAGGAAUUGAAACUGGAAUCAGCAAAAAAGAUGAAGCCUCAAGAUUUCAAUCAUUUCGGUCAUGAACAUCUACUAAUUCCUCUGGUUCUCGACGAAGACGACGAGCUUUACUGUAAAGCCUGCGAUCAUCUUAUCGUCCAGCCAUUCCAUGGCUGCCUUUCCUGCAAUUACUAUCUCCACGACGAAUGCUUAAAUAUCCCUCGAUCCAUUCUUCAUCCUUCUCAUCCAAAUCACCCUUUGACUCUGCUUCCAAUCCCAACUUAUCCCACCAGUUCAUUCACUUGCAAUGCUUGUCAAUCUCAAGGGCUCGGAUUCAGCUACAGCUGCGCGCAUUGCGAGUUCGAUGUUCAUAUCCGGUGCGCAUCGUUGCCGACGAAAUUGAAGGUUGGUGAACAGCAUCCGCACGAAUUGAAGCUGGUUUUUGAGUCGCUAACAGGGCAGGAUUGCAGGAAGUAUUACUGCAGUUUGUUUAAAUGUGAAGUUUGCGGGGUUGGGUUAGAGAGUGAUUGUUGGAGGUAUUAUUGUGAUGAUUGUGAUUUCGGGAUGCAUUUGGGUUGUGUGAAGAUUGAUAAUCAGGAUGUGGGAUUGAUGAGCCAUUCUGCAGUGGUGGAGGCGAUCAAGUCCGGCGGGUUGGAGGGGAAAUCCGGUACGGCUCAGGCUGUUUUGCUGGCGGAGGAUAAGACGGUGGAUGAUGAUGUUGAGAAGAUGAAGUUGUCGGCGUCAGUGACAAAGAUUGCCAAAUAUCUAUGAAUUUUGUCAUUGUACCUAUCUUUUGUGUUUUUUUUUUUUUUUGUUGAAGAAAUCCUUCAACUGGAAAGGCUGUCAUUUCUCAAUUUGAUUUGUUUGUUUAGAUUUUGAAUUCUUGCUUUUGUGCACACAAUGCUGGUAUGAUUUCAGGGGAAAUCUCAAUCUGACACUAAAAUUUAAGAUCUUGUUGGUGUUCUUUAGUACCUUUUCUUUUGUGUUGGAACUUGGAGGAAUAUGGUUCAAGAUAGAUACUUUAGAGAAAAACGUCAUCUUAAACUUUCAUAUGUUUGAUUUUUCCUGAUCUCUAGACUUGUAGGGAUUCUCCAGUUGAAAGAUAAGAGCGUUAGCAAUUGGGACUUCAAACUGAUGGAUGAGCUCUGGACCAUUAGUUUAAGUCAACAUAGAGCUGGAAAAAGAAGUCGUGAAAGAAAUGGCCCAAAAAUCAGGUCGCUUUGGGACGUUAGUGUAAUAAGCACUAUUCACAAGCAAAUCUGGAGGUUAGCGAGGGAGGUGGGAUUCUCGUUGUUAGGCAGAUUCAGUCGCUAUAAUGUGAUGUAAAAGUUGCACAGUUGUUCAGAAUUCACACGUUAUUGCAUCCAUAUACUUCUACGUCUUGCCUUAAUAGUUUUAUACUAACUUAUUAAGAUAAAAAGAAAGAAGAUGUUAAUGCCCA